AUGGUUGAGCUUCAGUCCAUCUUUCGAAAAGCUUACUGGUCGCUGGCAGCCGGAGGCCUGUUCUAUGUGCUUGUCGUCUAUGCGCUCACAUAUCCUAUAGUCCAACGCUUUGCACUUUAUGUUCAUAAAGUGAACCCUACACGAUGGCAGGACAUCAACCUUGUUGAGUCCUUCGGAUUCCUGAAGACGCAAGUACAACCUUUCAACCUGGUAACUCCCGACAACGAGACCUUGUACGCAUGGCAUCUUCUUCCGCUGCAACUGUGCAAGGAACACGAAGAUAACCUACAUGAGAACGAACGAUACGGCCCAGCGGAGGACUACACCAAGACCUCAGCAUUUAAGCUGCUCGCCCACGACCCCAAUGCGCGAGUCGUUGUCAACUUCCACGGCAAUGCUGCCCACCUCGCCUCAGCCCAGCGACCAGACAUCUACCGGCAACUUCUCGGACUCUCGACCCCGUCACAUCCCGUCCAUGUCUUCGCCCUGGACUACCGGGGCUUCGGCCUCUCCACCGGCUCACCCACCGAAGAAGGCCUCAUCACCGACGGUGUCGCCCUCCUCAACUAUCUCACCGCCGGCCCGCUGAGAAUCCCGCCGUCGCGCAUCGUCAUCAUGGGCCAGAGCCUGGGGACCGCCGUGACCGCCGCCGUGGCCGAACGCUUCGCAUUCGGGUCCUCCGACCCAACGGCUCUCCAGCCCGCCCUCACGAACCCGGAGCCCUUCGCCGGCGUGAUCCUCCUAGCCUCCUUCAGCAACGUCCCGAGCCUCAUCGACUCCUACAGCGUGAAGGGCAUCACCCCGCCCAUGCUCGCGCCCCUCUCCGCCUACCCCGGGAUCAAAGACUACGCCAAGCGCCAGAUCGUCGACCGCUGGGACACGGCUGCCCGGGUUGCGCGGUUGUCGGGCGUCAGCAACAACAACAGCACCACUGACAAAGACCACCAUCCAGCCCCAGCGUAUGCCAAGCAGGGGCUGAACCUGUUCAUCGUGCAUGCAGCCAACGAUGUCGAGAUUCCCUGGCAAGAAGGCCGGCGCGUCUGGGCCGCGGCCACGGGAGAAGCGGUCGAGGACGGCCCCGGGAAGAUUGUGGUGUCGACAAGGGACCCCGCUGGCGGACCUAAUGAGGUCCAGAUCUGGGAGAGCAGUUCGGCCAAGGACUCUGCUGUGGUCAAGAGGGUCCGAUGGGAACGUGUGGCGUAUGGAGGAGGUGGCCACUGGGAUUCGCAGUGA